AUGUCGAGCUCUUCUGGGAGUGCAUUCGGCGGUGCCAAUGGCCUUCUAGAAGUCUAUAUCAGUCGAGCCCGAGAUUUACCAAACUUACGAAAACUCGACAAACAAAGUCCCUUCGUGCGAUUGCGCGUUGCGCAUAUGAUAGAAACAUCCGAUGUCGCUUUCCGAGGCGGGCAAACGCCGAAGUUUGAUUUCUACUCGAAGUUUGAUCUGACGCCGGACGUAAAACCACUUUUACUUGUAGAAUUGUUUGACGACCGAUCACCUCCGAAAUUGAUCGGGCAAUGCAGCAUUGACUUGACGCCUGCAUUGUACAAAGACCCUGAGGAUGGUCAUGAUGAUUGGUUUCAGCUCCGAUUAGGCAGCGAAGAAGCAGGUCAGGUUUAUGUGGAACUUACUUUUCAUCCUUUGAUACCUACCUCAAGACUUCAAAGAAGCAGAGCAGACGAUACAACAGGCCUCGAGUUUGCUCUUGAAAGCAGGCCUGCACCACCCCUCCCCUCUAAAGUACCCUCCUUUCAGCUGGACAACGAAUCCUACCGGAAAUUCUCAAGAUCCCAUGAUUACUCCCAUGCAUCCAAGCUGCGAGAGAGCUCUACGACAUCUGGGCUAGAAGAAAAUUUACUUGGGCAAAGCUCAAGUUUGAGGAACUCAAUCUUCAACUCGUCUGUAGCUUCAAAUGAUACCUUCAGCUCUCAUUUAACGACCGAUUCCCACCAAAGUCAUGCUACGGUAAACACAGCGGGAACUAGUGGGUCUGCAGGAACCACAGAGCCAUUAUUUGCGAAGCUAAAACAGCUCAAAGAGAAAUGGAGGUCCAUCAAGAAUCCGGCUUCAGAUCAAACAGAAAAUGAGAACAAAGUAGAUUUGAAAGCACUGCAGAAAGUUGUAGGUGUUGAACCGGAGGAAUAUCAUAAUGACAACUUUGCCGCAACUAGAAGUCCUAGUCGAAUUUAUGCUGAGUCGAAAUUGGUUUCUCAACCACCGCUCCCUCGCUUACCUGCAGAUCACUCACGCAGAACCAGCAAUGAAAGUAGCCCACGCGCUGAUAGCCGGUUCAGUUCAAGUGCAAACGAACAUUCACCUCGCUUACCACCUCUUCCUUCUAGUCCAACGUUCAGACCAGGAAUGAGGUCAAGAAAUGCAUCUAAUUCGCCUGUUAGGCGAAGACCGCCACCUUUGGGUUAG